AUGGGUGCCGAAGCUGAUACCGCAACGCCACACUCGCAUCACGCCAUUGCCAAAGACACGCCAGAGGACAAGAAGAGCGACCAAGUCCCCAAGCAAGAUGAGCUGAGAAACAAGGCUGCGCCUGGGAUCUCAUACUUUACACCCGCGCAAGAGCCCGUCGCAGGAACAGCCCUGGGCAUGCUCGAUGGCAGCUCCAAGAUCCCCAAGCUCUUCCAGCCCCUCAAGCUCCGCGGGCUCGUGAUGCAGAACCGCCUCGCCCUGUCUCCUCUCUGCCAGUACUCGGCUGAAGACGGCCACCAGACCAAUUGGCAUCUGACACAUUUGGGCGGUAUCAUCCAGCGUGGUCCUGGAUUGGCUCUUGUCGAGGCGACUGCUGUUGUCCCCGAGGGCCGCAUCACGCCCGAGGACUGCGGUCUGUGGAAAGAUUCGCAAAUGGAGCCCCUGCAAAAGAUUGUCGAGUUUGCACACUCGCAGGGCCAGCAUAUUGGUAUCCAACUCGCACACGCCGGGCGCAAGGCUAGCACCGUAGCCCCAUGGCUGAGCAAGGGCGACAUUGCUACCAAGGAGAUGAACGGCUGGCCGGACAACGUAUACGCUCCCUCUGCGAUUGCAUUCAACGACAAGCACUGCAUGCCCAAGGAGAUGACCAAGCAGGACAUUGAGACCUUCAAGCAGGCGUUUGUCGAUGCUGUCAAGCGCGCCGUCAAAGUUGGUUUUGACACGAUUGAAAUCCACAACGCGCACGGCUACCUCCUGCACUCAUUCCUUUCUCCCGCCUCCAACCAGCGUACCGACGAAUACGGCGGCUCGUUUGAAAACCGCACGCGUCUCACUCUGGAGAUAGUCGAGCUUGCCCGCAACAACAUCCCGGACAGCAUGCCGCUCAUCCUCCGCAUCAGUGCGACUGACUGGCUCGACGAGGCUGGCAUCCAAGGCUGGACUGUUGAUCAAACCGUUCAACUCGCCGAGAUACUCGCCGACAAGGGCGUCGACCUCCUCGAUGUCUCAUCUGGCGGACUCCACGAGAAGCAGCACAUUCAUGGCGGACCCGGAUACCAAGAGCCUUUUGCCAAGGCUGUCAAGGACAAGGUUGGAGACAAGAUGGCUGUCGGAACCGUCGGUAGCAUCACGGACGGCAAACAGGCAAACGGCUACCUUGAGAACGACAACCUCGACGUUGCCUUUAUCGGCCGCAUGUUUCAGAAGAACCCUGGCUUCGUCUGGCAAUGCGCCGACGACCUGGGUGUCGAGGGACGGUGGGCCAACCAGAUUCGAUGGGGCUUUGGCGGCCGUGGCAAGAAGGAUCAAGUCGUCGACAAGAAGGCGUUUGCCAAUGAAGGUGCAUUCGAGAUGAACAAGCGCGAGUAA